UCUACAAUCGGCAUUUCAGGAAAACGGUUACCUUAUGUUGGAAGAACAGAGUUAAAGUAAAAUGUUUUGACACCUCAUUGCUGAAUCUCGGAGACAGCAGCAGCACUCCCUGGACAAGUUCAGAAGGUUACUAUCUGCAAACAGGAUCAUCAAGUGUCCACAAUACAAUUAUUACAGGAGCUGAGAUCUCAGUGACAACCCUGGUCCAUCCAGUCCGGAUAGUGAUUCUCCCACAGCUGAAUCACAGACAGCUCAGUGAAACAGACUGCUGUUUGUAUUGAGCUGCAAUCUUCAAUUCCCAGUGACACUGGAUUGGAUCGUGUGACACCAUGAGUCAAGGAGAAACAGUGGUGAUAGAGCAGGCAACUUUGGGCCGUCCUUUCCAACUGGGAAUGCUGUACGACUGCCGAUCCGACUGUCUGAUCCCAGGGAUCACACUGUGGGAAUUAGAGAAAUUGCAACCUCAUGUCCGCUCUCAGCGUAACACCGAGUUUCAUAUCAUUGCAUCUGACUCCACUGAUUCAAAAGCCUCUGCACUGAAUGUGGAUGGAUCAUUGAAAGCAAGUUUCUUGUGCGGUUUGGUGGAAGUGGCAGGAUCAGCGAAAUAUCUCAAUGACACAAAGAGAUCGAGGCAACAAGCCCGGGUGACCCUUCAGUACCGAGCAACAACCAGGUUUGAGCAGCUGACAAUGAGCCACUUGGGGCUGCAGAAUAUAACCCACCCGAAUGUGUUUGAUGAGGGGACAGCAACUCACGUGGUUACAGCAGUGCUGUACGGGGCUCAGGCUUUCUUUGUGUUUGAUCAAGAGAUCUCUGCAACAGAGAACCUACAGGACAUUCAGGGUCACCUGGAGGGGAUAGUUAAAAAGAUUCCAACUAUUGCAAUCGAGGGUGAGGUCUCCCUAGAAAUGACAGAGGAACAAAUAUCCAAUGCCCAGAAAUUCAACUGUACAUUUCAUGGGGAUUUCUUCCUGGAAAACAAUCCCACCACAUUCCAAGAUGCUGUCAAAAUCUACACAACCCUCCCAAAGUUACUGGGAGAUGAUGGAGAGCACGCAGUGCCCACGAGGGUCUGGCUCUACCCACUCAACAAACUGGACUCCAAAGCUGCUCAGCUGGUACGGGACAUAAGUAUCGGGUUGCUCAAUGACUGCCAGUCUGUGCUGGAGCAGCUCAGUGAGACAGUGAUCAGAUGUAAUGAUAUGAUGAGAGACAGUGUCACUGUUCAAUUUCCAGAGAUCAGGGACAAGAUACUGAAAUUCCGAGAGAUGUGUCGGGAAUACAAGCUGGUUUUCCAGAAAGCUUUAUCCAGUGUGUUACCAUCUAUCCGUGGAGGUGGGGAGGAGGAAGGGACACUGGUGAAUAUUCUGAAGAACAAGGAACAGUCCCCAUUCAAACACCAGGCACUGAGCAAAUGGCUGGAUGACAAGGAGAGGGAAAUGAAUGUGGUGAGAUCAUAUCUCAUGAUAUUGAAAGAUAUUCACACAGUGAAAUCAAGGAGUGAGUUGGAUCGUGAAGUGUUGGAUCCAGAGACAGAGAAUGUGGUCUGCCUGACAUUCACAUCCCUGCAGCAAGAGGAUUUGUAUCUGUCAGAAGCAGACAGCUACCUACAGUCUCACACAGCUGAGAAAAUGCAGAUACCAGAUCCUGCUAACCAGGUCAGUGCAGAACAUCACAACCAGCAGUGGUUUCACUCAGAGUCUGUAUCCCAGAAGAUGAGGGAGCUGUCUCGCUUAUUCCUGGAUUUUGCCACAGCGAACCGAGCACAAGGGAAAACAAAGUUCAUUGCUGCGUCUGUGCAGGAUGACAGUAAUGUGGGAGCAUCGAUUUACCUGUAUGGGGGAGGGUUUGUGCUGAAUCACUGCUUCACACCCCCAUCACAACCAGAGAGACCUGUGGUCAGUGGAACAUCACAUGACAGUGUGACUCUUCAAUUACAGCCACCGAGACACGGUGCUGGGGAGACUGUUGGGUACAGGGUGGAAUACCGAAACAUCCAACAGGAGGAAUGGAAAACUGUAGAUACUCCUGAUAAAUCUGAAUCCAUCACAAUUCCUGGGUUGCAGCCACAUCAGGAAUAUCAAUUCCAAUACAGAGCAGUGACCAAGGUAGGGGUCAGCAAGGCCAGUGAGAGUUCCCAGGUCACCACACGGCCUACAAGCCCACCUGGUAAACCUUUAACACUCAAGAUUUACUGGUGUGAUGUAUCACUCACCUGGGACAGGCCAACUGAGAUUGGAGCUGGUGUUAAUAUUGUUCAGUACAGGAUCGAAUAUAGAGAAGGAAAGGCAGGUCCCUCCAGCACAGAGAAUGCAUUGUGGGAGGAAAUAAAGACAACUGACAGUGAAUGUUAUUAUACUUUAAAGGGAUUGAUACCCAACACCUCCUACAGAGUGCGAGUGUCUGCUGACUGUGGAGAAGGAGGUUCGAGUGAACCAAGUGAGGAGCUUUUAAUAGAAACUGAAAGUCAACCAAAGAGACUGGCUGUGAAACUUCUCAGAGAAUGUACAUUAACAGCCAGGGGGAACCCUCCCAUUUACACACUGCCCUUACAGAAGAAGGUACUUGAUGAGGCUGGACACCAUAUAAAAUUCUCCUUUGGAAAACCCACUGGAAAACACAGUGUGAGGACAAUCAUGGUUCUUGGAGCAACAGGAGCAGGAAAAACAACCCUCAUCAAUGGGAUGGUCAACUACAUCCUGGGUGUGGGAUGGGAGGACAACUUCAGAUACAAAUUAAUUGAUGAAGGGACAGGAAGAUCCCAGGCUGAAAGUCAGACAUCAUCAAUCACUGCUUAUGAACUGCACCAUCGAGCAGGAUUCCAGAUUGAUUACUCUCUCACUAUCAUCGACACUCCAGGAUUCGGAGAUACCAGGGGGAUAACCCGAGAUAAAUUGCUCACUGAUCAGAUCCGAGAGUUCUUCACUUCCCCAGAUGGUGUUGAUCAGAUCGAUGCCGUGUGUUUUGUUGCUCAGGCCUCUUUGGCUCGUCUGACCCAUACACAGAAAUAUGUCUUUGAUUCAAUUCUUUCCAUUUUUGGUAAAGAUAUUGCAGACAACAUCCGAAUCCUGGUGACAUUUGCAGAUGGGCAGGUUCCCCCUGUUCUGGAGGCCAUCAAUGUUGCUAAGAUACCAUGUCCCAAAAAUAAAAAAGGUUUCCCAGUUCACUUCAAGUUCAACAAUUCAGCCAUAUUUGCUCAAAGACCAGCUCCUGGUAACUCUGUCAACAAGAGGGACCCUGAUGGUAGCAGUGAGGAGGAGGAAGAUAGCGAUACCUUUGAUGCAAUGUUCUGGAAGAUGGGAUCAAACAGUAUGAGGAAAUUCUUUUCAGCUCUGAGCAAAAUGGAAACAAAGAGCUUACGUUUGACAAAGGAGGUCCUGAGGGAGCGUCAGCAGCUGGAGGCUGCGAUAGAGGGAUUACAGCCACAAAUCCAAAUGGGUUUGACCAAACUGGAGGAGAUCAGGAAAACACAACAAGCUUUGAACCAACACCAGCUCGAUCUAGAUGCAAAUAAAGAUUUUGAGUAUGAGGUAGAUAUCACAGUUCCGGUGAAGAUCGAUAUCAGUGGGAGCGGUAAUUACAUCACCAACUGUCAGAAAUGCUUCAUCACCUGUCACUAUCCCUGUGGCAUUCCUAAUGAUGAUGAUAAAAUAGGAUGUUCAGCAAUGAACCAGCACGGAUACUGCACAGUCUGUCCAGGUAAAUGUAUCUGGUCUGUUCAUUUCAACCAAAAGUACAGAUUUGAAUAUGAAACCAAAAAGGAGAAAAAAACAUACGCAGAGCUGAAGGAAAAGUAUGAGAAGGCAUCUGGUGAAAAGAUGACACAGCAGAAAAUCAUGAAGAAACUUCAGCAGGAGUUAGAGGAGGUGCAGGCUGUGGUGUUGGAGUUGAUUGAAACAUCGUCUCAGUGCAUUUUAAGACUUGAGGAAAUAGCUCUCAGACCAAACCCAUUGUCAACCCCAGAAUACAUUGAUCUGCUGAUUCAAUCUGAGAAAGAGGAGGCAAAGCCUGGGUUCAGGGAGAGGAUCCAGUCACUGAAUACAGUCAAACAACAGGCUGAGAUCAUGGCAAAAAUAGCCAGGAACGAGGAGCUGUUACCAACCAAACACAAAGGCAAAGCCGCAGAUGCAAAGAAAGGACUUUGGGAAAGAUUGAAUGGGAAGAUUUCUGGCAUGUUCAAUUGGUUCCCAUCUUUAAAAUAAUUCACACCUUGGGCUGGAAUAAAUGAUGUCAGUAAUGAAAUAUCUCAUUAGUAAAUGAUGUCAUUCAGUUGUUUCAGUUGUUCCCUCUGUGAACAAAAGAAUUCCUCUCCAAUAAAAUAUUCCUAAUUCCUCUUCACUGAUUUACCCAACUCCAUCCAGCUGUAACCAAAACAGAAGCUUCACUUCAUAUUGUUUCUGUGAUUUCUCCUGUUUGGAGAGUGAGAUGUUCUUUGGCAGAUCUCUGGUGACAUUGUAACAGGCAAUCGUGGUUUGAAAAUGCUUCAGUUAUUGACAUUGAAAAAUGAGAAAUAACAUUAGGAGAAGAAUAUAAAGCCCAUCAAACCAACAAUGCCAUUUAAUGUGAUCAGCUUUAAUUAAACUUUCCUGUUCACUCCCCAGCUCAUGCAACUUUCAGAGGAACUCAAAUGUCUGUAUGUCAAUCUUAAAUGUAUUCAGUGAUGUCUCAUCCACAGGCCUCGGUGGUCAAGAAUUUCAAAGAUGCCGAACGCUUUCAGUGAACAAAUUAACAAUCAUUUCUGUCCUAAAUGAUUGUUCUCUGUGCCGGAAACUCUCUCCCCAGGUUCUAGAUUUCCCAUCCAGUUGAAACAACCUCUCAAUGUCUAUUGUAAGUCCAUUCAAAAUCUUGAAUUCCCUGCGGGUAUUUACUGCUUGGAGUCUGAAACCUGUGGCUGGAAUGUGGUUACCUGUGGACAGCUGUAGUUGUAGGUUUGGGUUCAUCUUGGUGGGUGGGUGGUCUAGUGGCCCCA